AAAAAUUCAAUUUAUCUGCAGGCAGAAGAUUUGUCGAGAAUUUUCAUGUAAUUUCCAUGCAUUAAGGAAAAUAGAAUAUCUCAAGGAUGACAACGUGUUACAAUGAUCAACGGUAACAAUCAAGCAACGACAACAAUGAUGGAUGAGUCAGUCGUAAAUGGACAAAAAGGCGAUGAACGAGGAUAUAGACACACGGAAGGAGCAGCCCGUUGGGAUUCCAAGGAUCGAUAAACUAGGAGAAUGUUCAAGAAAGCCCUCACCGAGUCGGGGAAACGAAUCUUGAAGGUCAUAAAAAAAUUAUCAACACGAAGUAGGGCAGUUCGAAAAUCUCAGCAGGAACAAAAAAAGUUGUACUGCAAUGAAGUAAUGUAUGAAAUGUCACCUGCAGUUGUACCAGGGUGGACUGCAACAUAUUUAGAACCAGAGUAUGAGUCCAUGUCCUGGUCACUGCAUUCCCUGGACGCCAAAAGUAUCGAUACUUACGUUACAUACGUCACCGAGGGAUCAUCGGAAUGUACCUCCAUAUGUAGUUACUGUACCGAGUAUGAAAAUCGGCGGAACGAAAAUAUUGAGAAUGAGAUGAUAAUUUAACGUCUCCUGAAAUCUAAUUAUUUAUAUUGAUUACAAUUCUGUUGUAAAGCGGCGAAUUAGGAUGUGCAUUUUUUUCGAUCCCACUUUUUAGGCGAUAUCUCGUAAUCCAAGGGAGAUAACGAGAUUUUCAUAAUCACCUUUUUUGUAGCUCUCAUUUUUUUUCAUAAAAAAUGUUUAUGCUUAAAAAUCGAUAUGUUCCUUCGAUUUCGAGAUAUCUGCGAUAAAAUAGGCCUCGAAAAAAUGUACUCAUUCUAGUUUAUCACUUCGUUAAUGAAUUGAUGAUCGGGAGUGAUCAAUUGAGUGAUAACCGAAUGAAAGAAAUUAUUUAUGACUCAGUGGAGUCGCUAAACACUUAGACCUAAUUAAUAACAUAAAGAUUGAUUUAUUUUAUUCACGUAGCUGUACAAUCAUUAGGAUCCCACUAAUAUCAGUCAAUAGUUAGGAUAAAUCAUAAUGAUUUCCAUCAAUCGUAAUUACUGGCCUAUUGUCCAACGAAUGGAUGACUCUGAUCCAAGACUAUGCGAUGUUAACAAACAACAUUGGGGAUUGUUGCUCAAAUAAUUUGCCUUUUCGUUGAAAAUUCAAACUUUUCGGGCACAUGUAAAAAUAUUUAAUUCUAUUCAUCUCUCUAAAGACCUAAUUGUAAAUAUGAACAUUCCAUACACCUAAGUAAAUUUAUAUGAUAAAAAAAUAUAUAAUAAUAAUUAAUAAAUCGAU